CUCUCUUCACAGGCGCCGACGUUGGACAGGACAAAUCUUGCUGUUCCCCGAAAUGCUGACAUCACCAGUAUCUCUGAACAAACUUCAAUUUGAUCUGUAAAGGUCUAUCUACCUACACCCCUCUACACACCACACAACCAACCAGCUCUAACCAAAUCGGCACCUCUGAAACCCAAGAUGGCUACUAGAUUUAAAGCCUGAUGGCUACGGUGGUCACCCUGUUGGGGGCCACCUUGGGAGGCCUGUUACUAUGGCGACAGCCAACCCUGAGGACACAGAAGAAGCGGCGUCUAGCUCCGGGUCAGAUAGGGGUCAGCACUGGUCCUGUGAAACCAAAGCCUGUGGUUGUGGAGCUCGUCGAGUCCCAGCUAACCCCUGGUCAGAGCCUGGACCUCCUCCUGCCUGUUUCACUGCCCCCUGCUGACCAGCUCUUGGCAGUGCAGUCAGUGAUGGUGAGCUCUGAGGAGGAUUGGGAGCAGCUGUGGCCGUCACUGCAAAAGGAGCUAUCAGUCUACCCCGUCCUCGGGCUGGACUGCGAAUGGGUGUCAGUGAAGGGUCAGCCAUCUCCGGUCUCCCUCCUCCAGAUGACUUCCUACUCUGGCCUGUGUGUGGUGGUGAGGCUCCAGCUGCUCCGAGGAAGCCAGCAGGACUUUCCCUGAGCUUGAAGGAGGUAUAUGGUCCUGUGUGGCUCAGU